AUGCCAGCGACACACAAACGAAAGCAAUCAACGGAUACCCAAUCCCAAUCAGAAAGGAAACGGGCGAAGUUUGUUGAUAAAGAAGCCGGUGCCAAUGUGCCUCCCAAUUCCACCCGCGCCUUGCCUCCUGAUGCCCUCAGGAUUGCUGGAUCCUCGCCAAACGACUCCCCAUCUUUCCUGCCCACACCACCAGAGCAGAAAAUGGAAGACUCAGAAAUGAGACAGGUGGAAUCUCCGCAGCAAGACGCGGAUGCAGCGAGGCUGCAGUCGAUCCGGAACGUCAUUCAGACGCAGAUCAGUCUUGAAAUUCUACUGAAGCACAACGAACUACGACUCAUCGACCAAGAAAUAGCCAGAUCCCAAGCCUCGUUAGAGCAAUUGCGUCGCUGCAAGGAGAUUCCUUUCCCGGCAACGCAACAUCUUUCUAUCGGUGUCAGCAAUGGAACAGGCCCAGCUCUACGCAGUUCCUUCCCACCUCCACUACCCCAGUCACCCGCGCCUUGGGGGGUUCAAGACGGCCCUUACUCACGGCACUAUGCGAAAUGGUUACUGUCUGACCCCCGUUUCGACGGCGGUGAACAAGAACCCAUCGCUAUCACACCUGUUGGUAAAUCUCCCAUGAAGUUCAGAUCUCAAACAAGAGGCCAGUUUGCAGAAGGACCGCAAUCGUCAAGCCAAGCUCGUGCGCAGCGGAGUGGCAAACUAAAAUCUUUGCCUGCAGGGUACGGGCAGCCGAAGGAGAAGGCAACCGGUCCGAUGAUUAUCAAGAGGAAAUCCGACGGAGCGACUGUGAAACUAGUCUGUCCGGACUGUGGUCGGUUUGACUUCGGGAGUGCCCAAGGUUUCAUCAAUCAUUGCCGGAUUGGCCACGGACGGAGCUUCGCCAGCCAUGAUGCUGCGGCAGAUGCCUGCGGAGAACCGGUUGAAGUGGACGAGACUGGAGCUAUGAUCGGUGUUGAACCGACUGUGACACCCGUUGCAGGCAAUGUCCAUCCUCUAAUCCGUUCAGCUAAACUUCUGAUCCCCACACCUCCUCGAACAUCUCAAACCACGCCCAGCACAACCCCUACAACAGGAAGUGUCAAGAGAACACAAGUGUCACCCGAUUUCAGGGGAUCUGCCUUGACGCCGAACCUGUCCGAGCUUGUCAAGGCUAGAGGACUAGGAAUUGAUCUUCAGGAAAUGGUCCUGGACGCGAAAACGAAAGUUGAAUUGCCGGAAUCUGAUUCGGAGGACGAUGAAAUGGAGAUUGACAUUCCCAUGCAGCAUACUGGCCAAGGCCGACACCCACAAGUUGCGGGCAGCAAACAACCACCGAAACCUACCAAGUCUCCAAUGUCAUCUCCAUUGUUGAACUCCAGUAUGCUGAGAUCCACCACUAACUUACGAGGGGUGCCACAAUACGAUGGCGCCGACGACAAGCCUACCCAGCACCGGCCACGUGGAAUGACUCUGCCGAUGAACGGUGCCACAUCGUCUGAUAUUCAUCCCUCGGAUCCCUCACCUACCAGUGAAUCGAACCAGGCACCAAGUCUGGUGGAUGAUGACGAAUUUGAGCCACACUCGCCAAGUAGCAGCUCUGCAUCUGAUGAGCAUGACGACAACGAAGUUGAAUUUGAAGUUCAAGGCGAUGACGAUGACGCACGAAGCGUUUUGCGAGGGCCGGAUUUUCAGCCAAGCUGUACUCAAGCAGUCAGACCUCCGACACACACUCGGCGAGCUUCGGCGAUUCGUAGACAUGGUGAAGAAAGGGAAGAGAAACAUGUCACUUUUGUGAGUCCGAGUCCAGCUCGCGACAUGCCGGAUACCCGCCUUGGUGGAGAUCGAAAGAGAAGGAAGGCCUAG